AGUGCAUCCAGCAGAAGUAAAUCCGGAAAAAUAGGGGAGGCGAACCGAUCAGAUUCAGAUCUUUAUUAUUAUUAUUUCUGCCGAAUAAAUAACAAAUUGAUCUCUCGAGGAGGACAGAGCAGGACAAGGAUUGAAUCAGAGUCGAAUAACCCGACGUGAACUAUGCCACCGAACGUGAAGGACAAGGAGGGUUCAGCCCACGCUUUGGGGGAGGAGGACCUCGACGACGACGCGCGACCCUUUAUCACCCCCAAAAAGGAAAUCCUCUACGACGGUUAUUUCUACGAUGUGACCGAUUUCGUGGACCGACACCCGGGCGGGUUUGUCAUAGAUUAUUACACGACGCCCGGAGAGGACGCGACCGUCCCGAUACUCGAGUUCCACAACAGGUCAAAAUCCAAGGUUGACCUUAUCAUGAAGUCGCUCCCACGGAGGAAGGCACAAGAGCAUGAGAUGUACUUUGCUGGUAACCGCGCCUCCCGUGAUCGCUACGCCGCGAUGACCUCUGACUUUCUCGCCCUGCAUAAAGAAGUCGAAGCCGAAGGUCUCUUUAAGCCCGUGUACUGGCGCAACUUCCUCGUCGUGCUGGAGGUCACUUUCACGAUGGCAUUGGGCGCCUGGAUCGUGGCUUCGCACCCGGAAAGCGUCGCGUUCAAAAUCCUGGGUGCCAUCAUCGUCGGACUUGGCAUGGGACGGAUGGGGCUUCUGCAGCACGAAUGUGGUCACAACUCGGUUUCCGGCAACCCCAAAUUGGACAAGGCCCUGCAAAAUAUUUUCUACGGUUUGUACAUGGGAAUGAGUGCCAAGUGGUGGGUGAGACGACAUAAUCGACACCACGCCAUGCCGCAACGGUACCAGAGGGACUUUGACAUGGAGCAUCUACCCGUAACCGCCACCCACGCGGACUUUGUCACUGAUGCGGACAACUUUGCACAGAAUAAUGUACUCACGCGAAAUCAGGGAUUCCUCCUCCCCCUGAACGGGACAUUGUUCAUCUGCGCCAUCAACUUUUACUACCACCCGCACUACAUCAUCAAGCGUGGGCUGUGGGAGGAGGCGCUCUCACUUUUGGCACAUUUUGCUCUGGCAUUCUACAUCAUGGGCGUGUGGCCCUACCUGCUCGGCAAGACCUUCAUGUCGCUCUAUCUCUCGUCCUCCUUCGCCCUCAACCACACCCACCUUCCGAUCACCUAUGAGAACAAGCAUUGGCUCGAGUUUGGCCUGCAACACACGGCCAACGUGUCGCCAGGAUGGUUUAACGACUGGUGGCUCAUCCUCCUCAACUAUCAGAUUGAGCACCACCUUUUCCCAACGAUGCCACAGUACAAUCUCCGCUUCGUCUGUGAGCGUGUCAAGAAGUUGGCUGCCAAGUAUGACCUCAAAUACGAAACGACCUCACUCCCCCACGCCUACAAGAACAUUAUGGAACACAUGCUCGAAGUGCAGGGUCACGUGAGGGAAGUGCACCAACGGAAGAAGGAGGCUCAAAAGACGGAGUAAUUAUUUAGUCAAGAUAAAAUUUAAUAAGUAUUUGGUUUGGUCAUUUAACUGCAUAUGUAAAUCUUAUAAAUAAUUACAACCUUGAUCAUAAAUAAUAUACUUGACAUUGCGAUGUCAUAGGUUAAAGUUCAACGUGCAAACUGUGUACGAUACAUAAAUUACUAGAUUACGUCCAUCUGUGACAUUGACACCACAACGGCACCCAAACUCUGUUGGAUUAAUUAAUCAAUGAAUGGAAUAAAAAUGUUACGAGUGGAUAAUACUCGAGAUAACAUGCAUUCCGUGCAAUUCGAA